AUGACUACCGAAGCGCUACCUGUUGCAGAUCUCAGUACAUUUGGAAGCCCGAAAACUAUACUCGAUUUGCUAAAUUCCGCAAAUGAGAAUCCCCAGUUAGGCGCCCAGGUAGACUUUCUUGUAACAUGUUGGAAGUUAGCCAAGGCCGUCAAGCUGGCACCAAAGAUCAAAUCCUCAUUAGGGUCGCUUCUGGAAGAGAAUAAGAAAAACGGCGUUCGUUUUGACGAUGACCAGCCCUGGGAUGCUAAAGUGAAUCGCUUAAAGCAGCGAAUUCAGGACAAUAAGACGUCCAAAGCAGCACCUAUGUUGAAGUCCUUUAUCGAGACAGCUGACAUUGUCGGGUGGGCGUAUGGCGAGGAGCAAAAGCAGCGUUUUACAAAACUGUCAGAGCCUGUCAACUCGUGCAACUCUACACUGUCUUUUCUGAGAGUGAUAGUGGCCUUCUCCAAAGGUGAGCAUGACAAUACGGAGCAAACUUCCUCGCUUGAACAGCCCACGCAACAUCCAAAUGCAGUCCCUUCGGGUUCCAAACGUGCUUUUGAGCACUCCAUAGAGCCACGUCCCAAGAAACAGCGCCUUGAAGGAACCGAUGACUUCGCCAAGCCCUUGUGGGACGACAGUAUGCGCCAGGGCCGUUGUACUGUUGGCAGCAGCCCUCUGCUUCGAGAAGAGGCAUACGUUCCCAGCGAGACAUUGCUUUCGAAUCAAGAGCCCUUACAUAGCGAGUUAUCAAAGUUGCAAUACUACGGGGAGGAGGAGAUUCCCGGCACAGGCGAUAUACGCGUCGUAUAUCGUUGGAGCGGCCGAGCAGCUUUGCUUACUCUCGUAGAUGGCUGUCACAUCGGGGAUGAUAAAACAUGGUACCGGGAAAACAUCGCAUUGGACUUGCUGCCGUUCAAUUUCUUAGCAGAGAUUAUCAAGCAGUCCGACAGGUGGAAGAAGGAGAAUGUGAAAAGCUCGGAGAAGACAAAGUGUCUGCAAAUCUGCAUGUAUCAGAAACCUCUAAACGCCUACUGCUUCCUUGACUGCGUUGUCCCAAGCGCGUUGGUGUCUCAGUGUCGGGGCAUAUAUGAUAUGGAUCCCACCCCUAUAUAG